AUGGAAAGAAAUAACGAUGGGAUGGAAGUUGUGAUGCAGCAUCAUGAACGACUCGAAAUUCCAGAGGGCUUUUAUUUGGAAACGAUUUGCCACUCGGAUUGGGUGAUUCCAGAGCGAUAUACGGAUCUUCAAAACGUCGGAUCUGGUGCUUACGGAUCAGUCUGCUCUGCGAGAGACAAUGAAAAUGAUGCCAGCGUUGCUGUUAAGAAGCUGGCCCGGCCCUUCCAAUCCGAUAUUCACGCGAAAAGAACGUAUCGAGAACUUCGUCUUUUGAAGCACUUUCGCCACGAGAAUGUUAUUUCGAUGCUAGACGUCUUUACGCCAAAUGAUUCAUUCGAGAGCUUUCACGACAUUUACUUCGUCACUCACUUGAUGGGCGCUGACUUGAACAACAUCAUCAGGACGCAGAGGCUGACGGACGAACAUGUCCAGUUUUUAACCUACCAGAUUCUUCGAGCGCUGAAGUACAUCCACUCGGCUGGAAUCAUCCAUCGAGAUCUCAAACCUUCCAACAUCGCUGUCAACGAAGACUGCGAGUUGCGGAUUCUCGAUUUCGGCUUGGCAAGACACGCGAAUGAACAAAUGACAGGUUAUGUCGCGACAAGAUGGUACCGGGCGCCAGAAAUUAUGCUCAACUGGAUGCGAUACACGACGACAGUAGACGUCUGGAGCUGCGGUUGCAUCAUGGCCGAGCUACUUACUGGUAGAACGCUCUUCCCCGGUGACGAUCAUAUUGAUCAGCUAAAGAGAAUAAUGGAUCUGUCGGGGACGCCGGGACCCGAACUUUUGGCGAAAAUUCAAUCCGUACACGCGCAAAACUACAUCAAGACUCUCGAAAAGCGACGGCCCAAGGACUUUAGCGAAGUUUUUCGACCAUGCUCUCCUUUGGCUAUUGAUCUUCUACGACGCAUGCUGGAACUUGAUCCAGAUAAAAGAAUUACAGCUGAAGAAGCAUUAGAACACGAGUACUUUUCUGAAUACCACGACCCAGAUGACGAGCCUACAGCGGACAAGUUCGAGGACGUCUACGAGAAUCAGAAUCUGACUGUCGAGCAGCUGAGACAAUUGACUUGGGAAGAGUUGAAGAGCUUCGAGCCGCCGGCAUUAGAAGAAGUCGGCCAGUUCUGA